GAUGACGUCCUGAAAGGCAGCUUACUGAGGGCCGUGAUGAUGCUCUCUGAGGCACUGCAGAGGGGCACUGGAGCCCAGAGCCACAAAUUCGGCCAGAUCCCCGAACUGAUUGAAUGUCUUGUGGUGCUGAUUCAAAAUGAGCCCCCGGAUUCCUUCUCCACCACUUUCAGGCAGCAGGCCCUCCUGGCCAUUGCUGGAUUCAGCAACUUCCGGCCAAUCCUUGCUAAGGAGAGGGAAUCUAAUAUGCUCAUCACUUGCCUCCAUGCCGUCUUCACCCUCCCAGCAACAGAGAUGUUGGAGAGUCAACCCCCCAGUAGCCAGACUCUGUUCACCCAGACUGUGCAAGCCCCGGACCAGCUCCUUCAGAGCUUUAUAGCAGAGAAUCCCAGUAGUGGUUCACUGCAGUUCUUAAUCCAGCACCUGGAGACCUGGCUGCAGUCCGACCGAGCCCAUGAGCGCCAGAGGGCCAUGAGGAGUAGCAUCCUACUCCUCAAGGAAACGGUGGAACGGCUCAGUCUCAAUCCCAGCUUACCUGUGCUUAGGAUGGGGCAUUUGGUGGGGUUUCUGGGUCUUCUCUUGAGAGACCCUGUGGAAGAUAUCCAGCAGAAUGCCCAACAAGGUCUUGCCCUCCUCCACCAGCUCCUGCUUCUGCAGCAGAAGGUAUCAGGGAAGGGUUCCUCAGCCAGGUGCCAGGCCCGAUGUAAGAACUGCCAGUUUCCGGACUUCAGUGACCAGAUCAUCUCCAAUUCCCAGCUGAUCAAGGCCUUCGGCAUGUACUUCUCAGACUCUGAGUUCAGCGACCUGAUCAGCACAGUGCUGGAAGCAUUGAGGAUCCCCAACCUCAGCCGCCGGGAGGUGGCAUCUGAAAUGUUGCUGGUCGUGCUAGAGAUGUAUGGGCCCAGGAUGCAGCAGGUGGGAACCCUCGUCAAGAACCUAUACAAGGAGAUCUCCUCCAUCGGUUAUGUAGACGUCCAGAGGGACAUACAGCUGGCACUGAGCCUUCUGGGAAAGCAGCACCCCAGAAAGGUGGUCCAGGCUCUGCUCACCUUCUCCCUGCCAUUCCAAAGUCAGGCCAUCAACAUGUGGAAAGCCUUGGGAGCUGAGGAGAAGAUGGCCCAUAGGGUGAUCACAAUACUGUCCUUGGAACUGAGGGACCGGCCUUCCUGCAAUGACAUUGAGAAAGCUCAGCAGGAAAAGACCCAGUUGGGAACUCUGGCCGCCCUGAAUACCAUUUAUGAACUUCUUUACAUCCGAGAGUUCCGGUCGACAAUUUGCUCUGCCUUUCCCGGUCUCCUCCUGGGUCUCCUGACUGAGUUCCGGUACCUGUUCGAGCUGGGCAUUGUUGAGGGCAACACAGGCAGCAUCUCUGAGGAAACCCUUGAGGUCAAGUUCCACAGCCCAUGGAGGACAUGCCUGGAGGCUCUGAAAGGCCUCAUCUGGACCACAGACUACUGGGAGGUAUUCUCCUUUGUCAAGCUACAGCAGGGCUGGGACUUGUUUGGAAAAGUGGAGACCUAUUCCCAGGGGGUGACUGUGCUUGCAAGGGCCAUGAGUCACUAUGACUGCGAGAUCAAGGGCAUCUUGGACCAGGCCGCCGAGGGCUUGAGAAGCUCCGAAGAGCGGAACCAUUUGGUGGGGAUCCUCAUCUUCACAGAAUUUCUGCAGAACAAGACCACAGUGGAAAAGCUGUCCCGACGUGCCAUCCUGAGCUUCCUGAAUGCUGCUGGCCAUGAUGCUGACCCCUUGGUGCGGGGGGUCAGUCUGCAGGGCCUGAGCAGCCUGGCACUGCAGCCAGAGAAGGGUGAACUCCUCCGAGCCCAGCUGGUCCCUCUACUGGCCCACAUCCUGGAGGACAGCGAGCAGGCUGUGUUGGGUGCGAUGAGCGUAAUGGCAGAGAUCCUCUCCCGUCUGGAGCUGCAGGGAGCUGGGUCCAUCAUCAUCAAGGUGGCUUCCCAGCUGCAGCUGUUCUUUGAGGAUGAGAGAGACCAGGUGCGCAGGGCAGCCAUUCUCCUCUUUGGAGAUGUCAUCUACAAUGGGGGCCAGAGGUACAGAAAGACCAUGAAGAGCCAGGCAUUCAGAAGUCUCAUCCCCCUCCUCUUCCAUCUGGUUGACCGAAACCUGGAGGUGGUAAAGAUCACCAAGUCCACCUUCAUGAGAUGCGCCAUCCUCCUCAAGUGGGAGUUUGGGAAGGAGCUGUUCAGCCAGCUGGCCUGGGGCCACGGCCUGAGCGCCCAGCGCGCCGUGUUUCUUUACCUGAUGGAGAACAAUUCUGGAAAUCAUCACCUGUUCCUCCUGCAGGCCAUGAGUUACCUGAAAAGCUCCCAGAAAAAUAUGAAAAACGCUGCCAUUAAGUUCAUUGGAGUCAUCAUCCAGGAGUAUUUCUCCGAACUCUGCUUCUACCUGACGAAAGAAGACUUGACUAUCCUGAAGCGAUGCUUUGAAGAACUGAAACAGGACGGCGAUGCUCAUUUGCGAAGGUUUGCUUUCAUUUAUUGGGAAUGCCUGCAGGAGAUAGCCAGGCUGAUGCCCUGAAGCCUCAGGUGCUGCCUGGAUGGACUCUGGUUGUCUCUGCUAUUAAUUAAAUGACAAUGAAAGGGCAAUAAACCACAU